AAGGGGGAUGGGAGGGGACCAGUCUUCCCAGUUGCAGGAGAGAGCGUCCAUAGUUUCAGUUCAAAGCAACUGGUGGCAACAGGUUAGCAUUUAAGAUGGCAGGGACCGCACGCCAUGACCGAGAGAUGGCGAUCCAGGCCAAGAAGAAGCUCACUGUGGCCACUGACCCCAUCGAGAGGCUCCGCCUGCAGUGCCUGGCCAGGGGCUCAGCGGGCAUCAAAGGGCUUGGCAGAGUGUUUCGAAUAAUGGAUGACAAUAACAACCGAACCCUUGAUUUCAAAGAAUUUGUUAAAGGGUUAAAUGAUUAUGCUGUGGUCAUGGAAAAGGAGGAGGCAGAAGAGCUUUUCCGGAGGUUUGAUAAAGAUGGAAACGGAACAAUAGACUUCAAUGAAUUUCUUCUCACAUUAAGACCUCCAAUGUCCAGAGCCAGAAAAGAGGUGAUUAUGCAAGCUUUUAGAAAGCUAGACAAGACUGGAGAUGGUGUGAUAACAAUUGAAGACCUUCGAGAGGUGUACAAUGCAAAACACCAUCCGAAGUACCAGAAUGGUGAAUGGACGGAGGAGCAAGUGUUCCGGAAAUUUCUGGAUAACUUUGACUCACCCUAUGACAAAGAUGGAGUGGUUUCAAAAGAAGACUUUUUGAACUAUUAUGCUGGUGUUAGUGCUUCUAUUGACACUGAUGCCUAUUUCGUUUUAAUGAUGAGAGAAUCCUGGAGAUUAUGACUUUUGUCUAUUAAUUCUUUUGAAAAUCAGGGACUUUCAGAGAAUGGAAUGAGUUUGAAAGAAGUCCAAUGCUGCAGAUUUUGAUAAACUGAAGUUUCUGGGAGAUCUGUAAGUUUAAAACCAAUAGAUCUUCAGUCAUCUUAUUUCUUUACCUGGAACAUGUUCAUUUCCUUAAAUGCCUGAGGAUAUAUUUUCAAAUCAGAAAUAAAGGAAAGAAAGAAGGAAGAAGGAAAACUGUGAAGUGAGACUGAGAGGAGUUUCUUAGUGAAAUAAUGCUCUUAUUAUAUUUUGCCUCUUCUAGACGUAAAUGUAGUUGUUUGUCUACACCUUCGCUUUAUCUGCCAUCUUUGGAGUCUGUAGUAGGAGGUGACAAUAAAAGAAUUGGAGGAAUAUCCAUCCGUGUAAAAUGUCCUGAGCUUACUCAUUUUAAUAUUUCUCUUGGGAAAUACUUUACAAAUAAAAUUUAUUUUAUUCUGAAA